AGCCCGGAGCGACAAAAUGAAAGCGCUGCUCGUGAUUUGCGUCGCGGCAGUUUUUCACUCGAUCUUCGUCGCCUCGUACGACGACAAGGAUUACGACGAGGCACAAAUUUCUACGAAGGCGCGAGAUGUCGAAUAUAAGGAAACUCGUACGAAAUCAUACAAUCAUAUUUCGACGACACCCAUUUCGUUCAAGCAAAAAGAUGGUAACAAACACAGACAGAGAGCUAAUUCUUCACGACCCAGAAACCGUACGACGCAUCGUCCUCGUAAGGGUGGUAAAGGAUCUCGGCGGAAGACGGAUCGCGUUCCACCUGUCGUAAAAAUUCCCGAGAGCAAUCUUUAUGAGGAAGAGCGCGAGCAUGAAAGCAUUAACGUUUGGAAUUACAAGGACAAAAACGAUGACGUGGACGACAUACAUCAGAUUCGCGAAACUCUCGAUAAUUAUUAUCCGUUUCACGGAGGAUUGGAGUCUGUCCUGGCAAGAUUAAUCAAAGCGCUGGAGAACAAUACUGGAAAUGUGUCGAAUUCGAACGUAUCGAACUCGAGUGCCAUUGAUGACAUGAGCAGCUUCGACGAUGAAGAUCGCUGUCAGAAGUGGCUGGACAACAGGGAGAAGAUCGAGAAUGCCUUUCCGGGAUCCGUCGCCGACUUGCCAGCGUGCCCCUGCCUGUAUCCGAACACCAUCUUCUACGACAACCAGAUCUGGGAUAAGAAGCGAAAGAAGCAAUAUCGAUGGCGCGACGUGAGCCACGACAAGGACCGGCUCGCGAUCUACAAACCUGGCGCCGCUUAUUGCGUGCAGACUCUAGCGUCUCAGCAAAGUGAGAGCGCUAUCGUGCAACACUGUUGCUACGAUGAGAAUAGAAAACUACUGACCCGUGGCUCCGGCGCCGGCACACCGUACAUCGUCAGUCCGGAAAUCUCGCCUCUGCUGCACGACAAGAUCGACUUGUUGCCUUGGCGACUUUGUAAGGGUGAUUUCACGAGGUACAACGAAGUGAGAAUACCGAAUAAUGAUAACGACUGCGAGAUAAAUCCGGAUGAUGAAGAGUAUCAACAUCAAGUGGAAGGUGCGAAAGAUUAUUGAGACACGAUACCGUCGCAAUUGUACCAAAAAAGAGCAAUAAUUUGCCUAAUUUCCACUUCAAUUGUGUUCCCAAAAGAGAGUAGUCUGAAAGAUUUAUAUUUAUUUUCUAUAAUUAUUUC